AUGAUAAUGGAAGGCCAACUGUCGCGCCAAUUCCAAGAUCCUCCAUCUCACGAUCAGGAGCGAGAGGCAUGUUCUUCCAUUCACCCAACCGGAUUUUAUAUCCGCCACCCACCUGCUCCACAUCUCCUCAAGUCUUUUAUCACUCCGGACUCCCAGCUAUUCCAGACAAUACAUAUGGGAGCAGCCGUUGUCGACUUCAAGAAAUGGAUGCUGGUAGUUGACGGGCAAGUCAAGCAUCCAUUUACAAUCACACUGGAGGGCCUCUACAAGUUUCCAAAGACAACCGUCACAUCCUUCCAUGAAUGUUAUGGUAGUCCUGUCAAGCCGCCGGUGGAGAACUUGUGGCGCAUAGGCAACGUAGAAUGGACAGGUGUACAACUCAAUACUUUACUCUCUCUAGCUUGUCCUUUACCAGCAGCACAAUUUGUCUGGUCCGAAGGUCUCGAUCACGGAGAGUUCUACGGUGUCACCUCAGACAGGUAUCAGAAAGACCUUCCUCUGACGAAGGCCAUGCAACCGGAAGUGCUCGUAGCCUACGAAAUCAACGGGCAGCCUUUGUCGAAGGAGCGGGGUGGACCUGUGCGGUUAGUUGUUCCAGGGUGGUUUGGGACGAAUAGUACGAAGUGGCUAAGUAAGCUGUCUUUACAAAGCGGUCGGGCGAAAGGCCCUUAUACCACGACUUUCUACAAUGCAGUUGAUGAGGAUGAUCCUUUGAGGAGGACGAAACCAGUAUGGGCUGUGGGACCAAAUUCGAUGAUUGUAAGGCCGGAACCGGGGGAGGAAGUGGAAGGAUCCACGCUACGUGUUGAAGGUUGGGCGUGGAGUUGCGACGGGAUAGAGCUUGUUAAUGUGAGUUUGGAUGAGGGUAAGUCAUGGCAUGACACAGCAGUUUGUGAAAGGAAGGAUUUUAGCUGGCAACAUUUCUCGGCAGAUGUCAACAUUCCUCCCACGCUACAAGGCGAGUGUACACUUGUAUCUCGUGCGACUUCAGUGUCUGGUAUGAUGCAGAGGGAUUCUGGGCGACGGAAUCAUGUCCAUAGAAUUCCAAUCAAACUCCAUACACGAUGA